AUGCAACUGGGAGUCCCCGAGGACACCAGUUCCAGCAUCCCCUCGGUUGUGGGCACCAUCCUCCGCGCCUUGCUGGGCACCACAGUGGCACGGCUCUUCCUCCACAGCACGGAGCGGGUGCUGGAUAUGUCCCAGCGGUGGCUGAACCGUUACCAGCCCCCGGGUGAGAGGCAGGCGGGGGACGAGGCUGCGGCGGGGCUGAAUUUGGUCUCGGCAGGGAUUCUCCGGCACAGCCGCCUCCUUCCCCUCGGCUCCCUCUCCAGUGACGCCAGGAGCCGAGCCGUGGCCUUGGUGCAGCAGCUCCGGCAGAAGCAGCUGGACGCUCCUCACCGACGUGCCCAGCUCCGGCACAUCCUCGACGUGCUGGAAGCCAUGCAGCAAAGCUCGGAGCACAACAGCCAGGAGACGCGGCUGUGCGGGAACCAGGCACGGGCACAUCCCUAUCCACCCCCUGCCUCUCCCGGCACCCGGGCGACGCCGGCCGAGGGGUGCCGGACCCCCGCGACGUUGCCAGGGCAGGCGCUGGCCGUGGGUCGGAUGCUGGCGCAGGAGCUGCGGGAUGCUUGGGUGCAGCUGCGGGCUCAGGUCGGGCAGCUGCCAGCCCUGCUGCAGCAGGCAGCGUGGCGAGCCCGGCGCGGCGUGGCCGAGCUCCACGGCGCUUUCAGCCGGGCCGAGUCCCUCUGGGAGCUUCUGGGGACCGUGGUGGCCCGAGGACGCGACGUGGUGGCCCGGGUCUGGGAGGCGCUGGCGGCGGUGCCGUGGCUGGAGGAUGUCGCCGAGGCUGCCGGCACAGCGGUACCGCGCACCGCCCCGCCGCACCCCCAAACCUAGGGGUGCCCCAAAUACAACCAGCC